AUGAUAUCGCGCCAGGCCUCGGACGUCAACAUGUUGAGCAGCAUCACGGCACUUGCAGCUAAAGAGGAGUUCGACAUCGCACAUUUCAACAAGGUCGGUUUAAAUGCUAAUAGCAUCUCAGAGCAUUCAUUUUUUUCUUCUACCAUUCAGGUCCUAGAGCACUGCAGCUACAUCAAACUGAAUGACGAACAGCUCAGGGAGAUCAUGCAACGCCUGGAGCAGAGCUUUGCAGAAGGGCUUCAAAAUGAAGAGACUGCAGUGGUUAAAAUGCUCCCGUCGUUCAUUCGCGCAACUUCUGUGGGCAAGGAGAGUGGGGAGUUCUUGGCACUAGACUUGGGCGGAAGCAACUUCAGAGUACUGUUGAUCACCCUGCACGGCGACGGGAAGAAGGGAGAAAUGAGUCAUGUGACCUAUGCGGUGCCACAGGAGCUGCAGCAAGGAACUGGAGAACAUCUCUUUGACCAUGUCGCUAACUGCCUUCACAACUUCAUGGUAGAGCAAAGGCUUUCCUGCAACAAGACGCUCCCGCUUGGAUUUACCUUCUCGUUUCCUUGCCAGCAAAAAGGAUUGGCAUCGGCAUCACUCGUCGCAUGGACCAAAGGAUUCAGUGCCUCGGGCGUUGUCGGCAAAGACGUCGUUCAAUUGCUCACGGAUGCGUGUCGGCGGAAGAACAUCGCGGUCAAUGUCGUGGCGCUCGUCAACGACACCGUUGGAACAAUGUUGGCAUGCUCAUUCUUCGAUCCUGACUGCUCCAUUGGGCUCAUUGUCGGGACUGGGAGCAACGCUUGUUAUAUGGAACGCUUGGAGAACAUCAGCAAACUCAAUGGUUUGGUCAGCGUAAAUGAUGGACUUCCUGAAGAAAUGUGCAUAAACUGUGAGCUCGGUGCCUUCGGUGAUGACGGGAAGAUCGACAAGUACAGGACGGUGCACGACAGGAAGCUAGAUGCCAACUCCAUAAAUCCGCGCAAACAAACAUUCGAGAAGAUGAUCUCCGGGAUGUACUUGGGCGAGCUUGUGCGUCUUGUGUUGGUCGAGUUGGCAGAAGCAGGACUUCUCUUUUCUGGGUCAGCGGUCACCAGCAGUGCUAUUGGAAAACAAGGAUCGUUCUCAACCCGGAUCCUGUCAGAAGUAGAGAGGUAUGUGCUCGAGUCUGAAAAGCCGCUGCAUAAGAUUGGCCUGCUCUUGUCAGAUAAUGGUAUUGCUUCCCCGUCGUCAACUGACUGUGCUGUUGUGGCCUACGUUUGCUCCAUGAUCAGCUCAAGGUCGUCCAAUCUCUGCGCAGUGGCGAUGGCCACCAUUCUCCAAAGAAUUAAUCGGAAGCGAGUCGCGAUUGGCGUGGAUGGCAGCUUAUACAAGGCUCACCCGACAUUCAAGGACUUGUUGUCAACAAAGAUUGAGGCACUGACUGGUGGAAAAUAUGAGUUCAAACUAGUCCUCUCGGAGGACGGGAGUGGGCGCGGAGCAGCAGUGGCAGCAGCCGUGGCAAUUCGUUUGGCAGGUGCUGGCGUGAAGAAAUAA